UUUACGUCUGCCAGAUCGAAGCAACUCUGUAGACCCUUCCCACUGCAGCUGUUCAAUCGCUGUUUAGUAGCCUACGGCGAACGGCUUAGGCAAACCCUAAGUGAUAUAUUGUCCACUUUGGAAAAUAAUCGCGAAGUAAUUCCAUUUUUGGGCUUUGCUUCGAGUCAGAUGCAGCGGAAAAUCGAAAGCGAUUUGGCAAAAUCGCUUUUCUUGGCAAUAGAUACACAGCUGCACCUUGGAGAUCUCCUACUCUUUUUGACUUCAGAUUUAGCUGAAAGUGCAUCGAAUGAAGUAAUGCUUUCUAAUUAUAAUAAGGUUCUUAUUGACCUCUAUUUUUCACUUCCACUGGGACUUAUCUGGAAGUUUUUCUGUCGUGAAAGAGCUCCAGCUGCAAUUUUGCAAAGGACGCUUAUACUCACCAGAAAAAUAAUUAAAAAAGGCUUCCCUAAUGCGAAAUUAAUUGAAUGUGGUGCUGCCUGCUGGAGCAAAGCUUUCUCCUACCCAAAGGUUCUUGUUGAUCCUAAAGUUCUUCUGGUAUUCAAGUCAAUUGCACCUUUAAUUCUUGACACCCUUCUUCGCGCUAAAUGCAUUAAAAACCUUCCAGAAGAUCAGUAUGUAAGCGACAGCUCUUUUGAUCCGAAUACGUUUUCGCUGAGUUUGAUGCAGCUUACCGCCUAUGUCCUUGGCACCGGGAGUGUAAGUUUUUCAUUGAAUGCGCUGGACUGCUCCGAUGACCCAUGUGCUCCCGACUAUGAAGCAUUUUGGAAUUCUGUGUUUGGGGGUAUUUAUUUGGUGCCUGGUAAAACCAUGGAAAUUCUUCCCGAUUUAUGUCAGUGUAUUCUUCGGGCGGGUGUACGGCGUUUUGAACAGUUGUCAUCGGUUUUUUCCGUUGAAUGUCUGGCCACAUUUGCUAUUCUUCAGUGUCACUCGCACGAAAAGUUGUUGGAGUUGGGCCUAAUUGAACGACUUCCAGUCAACUAUGAGCUACUGUCACUUGUCUGGCAAGCUCGAUCGUCUCUGGAGGGGGGCAGCACAUCUCAUGAGGUCGACGAAUAUCCGUCUGUGGUUGGAGCUGAACGCCUUGGGAUAUUCGUGGCGGAGCAGUUCGUUUCACUUCCCAUUAAAUUGGAGGUCCCAGCAAGCACUCUAUUCUUCCAAUCUGAUGCAUUCCGCGUAAAUUUCCUUCGGAUGCUCACCCUGGUUGCUCGUCUAGACAGGGUUUUCCUUAAUCGCAAGUGCUUACAGCGAUUUGUCGAAACAGGUGCGUCUAUCAUGACUACUGAUAAGUGUUUAAUAUUGCAUUGUGCAAAACGCAGUCAUGGCAAUUUACUGCACAUUUCCCUUUUAGUGGCUCUUUACAUUGCCGAGCAGCUUCAGUCCUCCCAGUCUUCCUGGAUGUACGUCCAGUGUUCGUCAGUGAGGUCUCGCAUGAUGGAAUCCACGGGGCAUCUCCUCUUCGAGGAGAUCUGUGUUCUCGGUACUCUCCUAGUGUUUGGAGGGGGUUCAAAUAGCUUGUACACAAUCAUUACCCCAUUCAAAACAGGGGAUGACAUUGAGGCUUACUGUAUUCGGUAUUGCCAUCUUUCAGCUAUUAACAGUUCUAUACUCAAAUUUACUGGACGCUACCUUGAAGCCUCUAUGGACUCUUUUAUCAGCCCUUUUUGGCAAAACUUUGUGCCGAGGCAGCCAGGAGCAGUUAAGUGUAGACAAAUCAAAACGUGCAAUGAUUUGGUGUUGCCCAAAUCUGUUACGCUGUUACUGUUCCCAGGUCCUCUGUUUGGUGAAUCCAUCUGGAAUAGCAUUGUUUUUAACAACCUGCAGUUGGAGGAAUACGAUCAGGAGAAAUACCCCUGUUCACCACUCCUCAUGGCUUUUUUAGCUGAGCUUUUAUCAAACACGCCAAGCCUUACUGUCACCAGACUUGAUGAGAAGUUUCUCCAGGAAAUUGUGAUCUUCUACGCUCAGCAACCAGCUAUUCCGAUUCCCCAUGAUGAUCCGCUCACCUAUUUGCAGAGGAUUGUGGACCAGCUGUUGUUUAUUCCUACGUACCUUCAGCUCUCAACGAAUGAUGCGGUAUUAUUUCUCUCCAAUAUGGCAAAACGUUGUCUCCGCCACAAACUCCAGAUGGAAUGCUUUGCGCCUGGACAUUGCACCUCGUUUACUCUUGCUACCUACAAAAAAAUUUUGCUUCCGGAACUAAACACAGAAUUCUAA